AUUUGGCAGUUAAUUAGAUUGCUGAGAAUCACAUGGUUUGAUUUUUUUUCGCUCAGUUAGCAUUUUUUGUGUGCAAAACAUUGGACGUCGAAAUUUAUAUAGGUCAUUUUUUUACUUUAUACCUGGAUAACAGUUCUAAUAUUGGGAGUGUUUUUAUAAAUAAUGUGUUUUAAAGAAUUUCGAUCUAGGUAAUCGCGAGUAUAACUCGGUUAUUUGUGUGGUUUAAAAAGUAGGUAGGUGUGUCAAAAAAAGGUAUCUGUGGAUGAACGAAUGCCUCCAACAGAUGAGAUCUUUUACUUGUCGUGUCUUUUAGGGUUGAUUUUUUCCCUACCUGCUUUUGAAUCUCUUGGAGGAAUUCUUCUCGAUUAGGUAAUUUAGUUUGCCAAGAUUUAUGCAUCGGCGAUAAAAAGCACAUCGAACCUGUACGGUUGAAUCCUGCUUGGGAAGAAAAGAAUUUACCUAACGACGUGUUGAAUUUCAAAAGUGUAACCAUGGAACAAGCUGAACGAGAAACCAAUCCUCCCAAGGAUAGGUUCUUGAUAGUUUAUUUUAUCAUUUUGACGUUCGGCAUUGGGACUAUGAUGCCAUGGAAUAUGUUCAUAAAUGCCAAGUCGUACUUCGAAGAUUACAAAUUGGGUUCGAAUUAUACAAAUCAGAAUUUGACGUUUUAUACGGACAACUUCAUGGUAUUUUUGGGUAUCUCGAGUCAAGUUCCCAACUUCUUGUUCAACUGGGUGAACAUUUUUGCUAAUAUUGGAGGCAGCCUUAGUUCCAGAAUUGUGUGCACAAUCGUAGCAGAAGCGAUUGUCUUCGUUGCUACUGAAGUAUUGGUGAUGUUAGACUCGUCAGCAUGGCCUGAAGUAUUCUUCUGGUUAACCUUGGCCUCAGUUUUCUUAUUGAAUAUGGCUAAUGGAAUUUAUCAAAAUACAGUGUACGGUAUCGCUGCUCGUUUACCCGCAGCGUACACGGGAGCUGUGAUUUUUGGAAAUAAUCUUAGCGGUGUGUUUACAUCUGUGAUGAAUAUAGUUACGAAAUCGUUAUCUCCGAGUCCUAAGACUUCUGCUCUGUAUUACUUUAUGGUUGCUUUAUUGGUGCUUUUCGUUUGUUUCGUUAUUUAUUUCGUCUUACCAUUACUUAAAUUCUACAAAUUCCACGAUUUGCAAUUUAUCAAAGCCCAGUCCAAUGCCCAAGAGAAUUCCGUUGUGAAGAAAACUCCAUAUUGGAAAGUAUUUAAAAUGUGUUCGUUGCAGUGCUUCAAUGUAUUCUUCAUUUUCUUCGUCACGUUGGCCAUUUUCCCAGCUGUUCACUCGAAUGUUCAGUUGGUGCAUGAUGAUUUCAUCGUGUCGCCGAAAUAUUUCGCUGAUAUCUUGUGUUUCUUGACUUUCAACGUGUUCGCUGCCUUUGGAAAUCUUCUAGCUACUGUCUGGCAUUUCCCUAGUGGAAGAUGGUUACAUAUUCCGGUGAUUCUGCGCUCGGCUUUCAUCCCAUUAUUUUUAGUUUGCAAUUACAGCUUGCCCGGUCGUAUAAUGCCUGUUUUGAUUGAAAACGAAUGGAUAUAUUGGGGAAUCGCAGCAACGUUUGCGCUGACUAGCGGAUGGUUCAGUUCAUUGGCUAUGAUGUAUUGCGGAAAGAGUGUACCGCCUGAAUAUAGCAGUGUGGCUGGAAUGUUCGGAGCAGCAUGCUUAGUAUCUGGAGUUUGUGCCGGUAUCCUAUUCGCUUUCGUGUUCCCUAUCAUCGUCCGUAGUGUCCAUUGGUAGUGCUAUAUAACAUAAGACAUCUGUGAAUUUAUGUUUAGUCGUCUCUCUCAAAAGUCUGACUUAAUUGUAUAUGCAUUUUUGUAAUUUUGUGUACGUAAUAUUUUUACCUGUAAAAUGGUGUUCAAUUAAUUGGAAUACGUGAAAGAAUUUUAAAAAUUUUUAUUUGAAGUGUAUUUGCAGUUUUAAAAUGUAUACUUAUUACUCGAACUAACUCAGGUCUUGUAUGUAACUAUGUUUUUUUUUCUAUUUAUCGGAUAUUUUAAUCUGUUGCCGAUUUUUUAAAAAAAAUAUCAUCGAGUCUACAUAUUAUUAUCUAUACCUACUUUUAGACGAUCGCGAAUUGAUAUCAAUAACUUAUCGAACAAUGAGUUUUUUUUUUUGUUUAAAUUUACUAUUCUAUGUCUCUAAUGCACUGAAGUUUUGCUGUGAUGGUGUGAACUUUCUAAGCUUUGGCUUUUGUUAUUUUGUGAAUUUCGUACGUUAUAGUUGACGAUUUUUCUUCUACGCAGUAUUUUUCAUAUCUUGAUGGAUUCAAUUUUAUGUAUUUGUAUGUAUGAAAGGUAUGACGAAAUCGAGGUAUUCGUGAACAAUCAUACUAUUUUUACGGUCGAGACAAUAAAUGAGUUUCUUGUCGUGAGUUUUUAAGCACGAAUGACGAACAGUGUAUUGUUGAGGUAGCUUAAAUUUUGACGUAAGUCUUCCUUAUUGUGUAACUUUGUUUUUAUAUAAAUAAACAUUUUUAUUAAACGUC